GUUAGUUUCUUUGUAUACCCCAAAAAUGUCGGAUCUGUAUUGAUUUACCUCAGUUUCUAAAUCGGAGGGUUAUAACGUUGCCACGUAGCUCAAUCGAAAAGCGUUGUAUAUAAUUUUUCCUAUUUUUCGGAUUUUUUACUUAUUAAUUCUUUUAUUUUUUGUUAUUUUCGAUCUAAACCCCUUGCUCUCGUGAAACCGAAAGAAACCCUAGGCCUCUUCCCGUCUUUCACGGUAAAAACAAAAAAGAAAAAAAAAUUUCAGAAAACAAAAUUAUCGAGAAAUUAAUUUAAAAAAUUGACAAAUCUAUUAGGGUUUCAAUUCGAAAUCCCUAGAUUCAAACCCUAGCCUGCGCUCGUACUCUUGAUAUUCAUGAUUCAGCAGAGAAAUUGAUGUUUUUUGAUACACCGAUCCAGAUCUGAAACAUGUGUGAUGGGAAUGUGAAAAGUGGGGGAUUGGGGGUUCCGUGUUUGGAUUGAGGGAUUGUUGAUGGAAAAUAUAAUAGCAAAUUCUCAUGGAGCGGAAAUUCCUAAGAAAUCAAGAUCUUUGGAUCUUAAAAGCUUGUAUAAAUCUGGUGAUUCAAAGGAGUCUUCUAAAAAUAAACGCUUGAAGAGGAAAGACAGUUCACAAGAAGGUGAUGGUGAGAAGAGGAAUAGUAAUAAUAAUAACAAGAGAAAGAAGAGUAGGAAAGCUCUGCCUCUCAGUAGUUUUAGAACUGUCCUUGAUAGCAAUAGUAGCAAGAGUUUAACUGAAUUGUAUAGUGGGGGGUUCAAUUCGGGGUUGCAUCAUCCAGAAAGUUUGAAGAAGUUGGGUUUGAGUCAGAAAUCAAAGAAUGGUUGCAGUGCUAAUGGCAUUUCACUUAGUUUGGGUGUCAGUGGUACUAGGAUCCCAAGGCGUAAACGUGGGUUUGUGGGGCGGAACAAGUUUGAGGGUGAUCAAGUGUUGAAGUUGGCAGGGCAAUCUAGUAGUACAGUUGGUGUUAACGAGGGAGUGAAGUUAGCCAGUGAAGAUUCUAGCACUCAGAAUGAGUCUUCAAAGGUUAAGCAGGAGAAGCUUAUUGAUGAUCUUAGGGAAAAUGGAAACAAUGAAUCAAGUUCAGUUCAGCAUUUGAAGGAAGAGGAUGGUGUUGCUCGUUACUCAGCUGUAAAUGAUGGCAACUCUUUGUUAAAACAAUCACAGAGGAAGCCUAGGAAGAAGAGGGAGUCAGUAAAGGGUGGUAAAAAUGUUGCUAAGAAGGCUGCGAGUUUAGCAGAUCCUUCUGUUAAGACAUGUGAUGAUUUUCAAGAAGAUGAUGAAGAGAAUCUUGAAGAGAAUGCAGCAAGAAUGUUAUCAUCACGGUUUGACCCAAGCUAUACUGGCUUUUCUUCAAACAGCAAAGUCUCUGUAUCACCAUCUGAGAAUGGAUUAUCUUUUCUCUUAUCUUCUGGUGAGAAUGCUAGUUCUAGGUCUAAGACGUUGUCUGGUUCUGAAUCUGCAUCUGUUGAUGCUUCUGGUAGAGUAUUGAGACCAAGGAAAGGUCAUAAAGAAAAGGGAAAUGCAAGGAAAAGGCGCCAUUUUUAUGAAAUUUUCUCUGGAGACUUGGAUGCGCAGUGGGUUUUGAAUAGAAGAAUCAAGGUGUUUUGGCCUUUAGACAAGAGUUGGUAUUAUGGCCUUGUCAAUGACUAUGACACAGAGAGAAAGCUUCACCAUGUAAAAUAUGAUGACCGUGAUGAGGAAUGGAUAAAUUUACAGAUUGAGAGAUUUAAACUCUUGCUUUUUCCCAGUGAGGUUCCUAGCAAGUCAGAGCGGAAAAGAUCUCGGCGAGAUAGGGGUUCUGACAAUAGAAUCUGGAACAUGAAGCACAACAAAGAGAAAGGAAAGAGAAAUGUCAUGACAGAAGAUGACAGUGGUAAUGGAAGCUAUAUGGAUUCAGAGCCCAUUAUCUCCUGGUUGGCUCGCUCUAGUCAUCGUGUCAAAUCCUACCCUUUGCAUGCUGUGAAGAGACAGAAAACAUCUGCUUUGUCUCUUAGUUCUCCAAGGCAACUGUUGUCGUAUGAUGAAGCUGUGGAUGAAAAUGGUUGUCUGUAUGGCGGUUCAUUGAAAGGGAACAAAGUUAAAUUGUUUGGUACCUCUGGAUUGUCAGACAGACCAGUUGAUGGCAGAAGGGUUGAGGGUUCUUCCUUGGGUAGCACUAGUUGCCCCAAAGACAGCAAAUAUCCCAUCGUUUAUUUUAGAAGGCGGUUUCGCAAGAAAGAGAACUUAUUUUGUCAGGCUUCUGAAGGCAAUUGUGUCACCGGUAGUGUGUCUGAAUCUGUCAAGUACCUUUGUUCUGUCAAUGAAUUUCAGGAUUUGGGAGAAUUUGAUGUCUGUUUGGAAAGGUUGGAUUCUGAAGGAGAUCUGUUGUUUAGUGAUGAUGCAGGGCGGUUGCAUUUAAAUAUUUCGUCAUUGCAUUCAAAACAAUUCAGGUUUGGGUUGAGCUUCCCUGUGCUCUCUGUUUCAAAUAAUUUAUUUGGAAUGAAGAGCUUUUGGCUGGUUCAUACUUUGUUGCUGCGUCAGUAUGGCACGGUGAUGACUGUCUGGCCAAUGAUUCAUCUGGAGAUCCUUUUUGUUGAUAAUGAAGUUGGACUAAGGUUUCUUCUGUUUGAAGGUUCCCUGAAACAGGCUGUAGCUUUUGUUUUUGAGGUCCUGACUGUAUUUUAUCAACCUAUUGAGCAGAGGAAGUUUGCUGAUCUGCAGUUGCCUGUAACUUCAAUCAGGUUUAAAUUUUCUUGCUCCCAAGAUUUUAGGAAGCAGAUUGUCUUUGCUUUUUACAACUUCUGUGAAGUGAAGCAUUCAAAAUGGAUGUUCUUGGAUUCUAAGCUGAAAAGACAUUGUCUUGUCAAUAGGCAAUUACCUCUGUCUGAGUGCACUUAUGAUAAAGUUAAGGCACUUCAGAAUGGAGCUAAUCAGCUACUCGGUUCUCCUGCUUGCAGAGAUUCCUCAUCACUUGAGGGUUUAAGGCAGAGAAGGUAUAGGCCGGGUAUGAGCCUUAUGAGUGUCUCCAGAGAACCUAGUUUUCUGAAAGUUGGCCAAUUUUCUUCCAAUUCUGAGAAUAAGCACAGAAAUCUUCCUCUGUUUGCCCUUUCUUUCAGUGCUGCACCUACUUUCUUUCUUAGUUUGCAUCUUAAGCUACUUAUGGAACAUAGUGGUGCUUGCAUUGGCUCUCAGGAUCAUGACUCUAUUGAGCAGCCAGGAAGCUCUGGCAAUUUGUUGGUGGAUGACAGUUGUAGUAGAGAGGGCUGUGUUAACCAAAGUUUUGAAAGUAGUGUAGAAAAAAAUCUGAAGGAUUCAUCAAAGAAUGCUGCUUCUGACGCUGAGUUAACAGCUCUUGAUCUCUCUGUUUGUGGUGAUGGGUGCUGUAAAAAGUCCUCACAGAAGGAUGAAAAUGGUGAUCAAAUCGAUGAUGGAACUUCUGCCAACUCUCAUGACCCUGAAGAAGUUGGAGCCAUGGUCAUUGGUCCAUUACAGAAGCAACAAUGUGACCAUUCAGAAUCUGAGCAAGUUAUUUUGUCACCAACGUCUCCAAUUGAUGGUGAUAAGAAGAGUACUGGGUCUAAUUCUGUUUUGAAUGCUAUUAGGGUUGAGAUUCCACCCUUUGAUCAGUAUGAAAAGCAUGUUAAUAGUGAAUUACCUGGUACUCAACAGUCUACUAAUUUGACUUGCAAUAUGAAUGGUGGCAUUAUCCCAAGUCCUAAUCCUACUGCUCCUAGAAGUACAUGGCAUCGUACUAGAAGCAGUUCUUCAUCUGUUGGUUAUCAUGCCCAUGGAUGGUCAGAUGGAAAGGCUGAUUUCUUCCACAAUAAUUUUGGAAAUGGACCUAAGAAGCCACGCACUCAGGUAUCUUAUUCAAUGCCCUUUGGAGGUUUAGAUUACAGCUCAAAGAAUAAAGGCCAUAACCAGAGAGGUCUUCCUCACAAGCGAAUUAGGAGGGCUAGUGAGAAGAGAUCAUCUGAUGUUUCUAGAGGUUCCCAAAGAAACUUGGACUUAUUAUCUUGUGAUGCAAAUGUACUAAUUACAAUUGGUGACAGAGGAUGGCGAGAAUGUGGAGCGCAGGUUGCACUAGAGCUUUUUGAUCAUAAUGAAUGGAAGCUGGCUGUGAAAGUGUCAGGGUCUAUGAGGUAUUCUUACAAGGCACAUCAGUUCCUGCAUCCUGGGUCUACCAAUCGUUAUACGCAUGCUAUGAUGUGGAAAGGAGGAAAGGAUUGGAUCUUGGAGUUCACUGACAGGAGCCAGUGGGCACUUUUCAAGGAGAUGCAUGAAGAGUGCCACAAUCGAAACGUUCGUGCAGCUUCGGUUAAGAACAUUCCUAUUCCUGGGGUUUGCUUGAUAGAGGAAUAUGAUGAAAAUGCAACAGAAUUGACAUUUGUUCGCAGUUCUUCCAAGUACUUGCGUCAGGUUGAAACUGAUGUUGAAAUGGCUUUGGAUCCAUCCCGUGUUUUAUAUGACAUGGAUAGUGAUGACGAACAGUGGAUUUCAAGAAUUCGUAAAUCUUCAGAAAGUGAUGCUAGCAGCAGCUCACUGGAAUUAUCUGAUGAAAUGUUUGAGAAGAUUAUGGACAUGUUUGAGAAGGCCUCGUAUACUCAACAGUGUGAUCAGUUUAAUUCUGACGAAAUACAAGAGCUCAUGGCUGGAGUUGACUCCAUGAAGGCAGUCAGAGCCAUCUAUGAGCAUUGGCAGCAGAAGAGGCAGAGAGUUGGAAUGCCUUUAAUUCGGCAUCUUCAGCCACCAUUGUGGGAAAGGUAUCAACAGCAAGUGAGAGAGUGGGAGCUAGCUAUGUCUAAAGUUAACCAUAAUCUCUCCAAUGGAUGCUCACCAGCUAUUGAGAAGCCACCCAUGUUUGCUUUCUGUUUGAAACCCCGGGGUUUGGAAGUUCCAAAUAAAGGGUCAAAACAAAGAUCCCAGCGUAAAAUUAUAGUGUCUGGUCAAAGCAACCCUGCAUUUGGAGAUCACGAGGGUUGUCAUUCUUUUGGAAGAAGAUCAAAUGGGUUCCUGUUUGGGGAUGACAAGGUUCUAUAUCCUGUGCAUAACUAUGAAUCUGUAGAAGAUUCCCCAGUGUCACUGUCUCAGGCAUCACCAAGGGUAUUUUCACCACGAGAUGCAGGCAUCAUGGGGUUUUUCUCCUUGGGCAGUGAUGGGUUUGAUAAGAAUCAUCACCUGAAACUUAAAAGAAACAAGUCAAAGAAAUUUGGCAGUUUUCUAUUGUCAAAUGACACACAAAUGAUGGCGUCAUAUAAUCAGAGACUGAUUGCCAAGAGAAGUGGAAGUCAUCAGUGGAAUAUGGGCAUUUCUGAGUGGCCAAGCCAGCGGCACUACUUCUCAUAUGCCUUUCAAAGGCAUAGCCCUGAAGAGUUGGAUAAUUCUGAUAUUGAUGAGUUCAGGAUGCGUGAUGCAUCUAGUGCAGCCCAGCAUGCGCUUAAAACAGCCAAAUUUAAAAGAGAAAAAGCUCAGAGAUUGCUUUUCAGAGCAGAUCUAGCAAUUCACAAGGCUGUGGUUGCUCUCAUGACUGCAGAGGCAAUCAAAGAAUCUUCCGAGGACUUAACUGGAGAUGAGUAGAAUGAUCUGAUGAAAUAUGGAGUGUUGACAGAGUGCAACUAGCCAGCAUCAUGCAGUUCUUUUAUUGAAGAGUACCUAAAGAGUUGACACUGUUUUUUCUCUCUCAGUGAUGGUGGCCAGAGUUGUCGUUGACUGAUCCAGUGUAAAAGUUCUAACAGGAGAGAUGUGAACAGUAAGAGUAGGUUUUUACUUCUGCUACAAAUCAUGGCAGUUUUUUUAUGCAACUUGUCAGCUUUUUCAGCGAUUAAGUUGUUUUUUAAUCCAAAUGGCAGGUUACUCAUUUCAGUGCAACUGUUGUUUUGAUCCUGCUGGUAAGGGGUGUAUGGAAGUUUGGCAGCCGAUCUUUGUACAGAUUUUUUUCCCUUACCUCUUAUUUUGUUCCUUUUUUUCCCCUUAGCCUUGAUAUCAGUGUAGCAGGUGGCCCAAAUAACAUAGCACCCCUUUGGCAUCAAAUUACAAUUUCCUGUCUGAUUGAAAUGUUUGGAGCAUUUGGUAGAUAUGUAUCAAACAGACGUGGACUUCUGAAAUGAGAAAAAAAAAAGAAAAAGAAAAUGCUGUAAGUAAUUAUCUUAUAAAUUUUCACACAGAUUUAUUAGACGGCAAGAAUCUUUUGUUGCUUC